GUUUGUUUGCCCUGGCGGCUGAGAGGAGCCGGGUAUACAGACAAGCAGAGCUGCGUCUUGUACACCGCCGACGUGCCGAAAACUUUAUUAACAACAUUCCAAGGACAGGUGCUAAGUGAUGUCUGACAGUGAAGAAGGAAGAACGACAUAUUGAAAACAUUUUAUCUAUUUUUUACAAUGGCAUCAAAGUCUUCCUUACUGAAAGUAAUCCUGUUGGGAGAUGGAGGUGUUGGAAAGAGUUCUUUGAUGAAUCGAUACGUCACCAACAAGUUUGAUACUCAGUUAUUUCACACAAUAGGUGUUGAGUUUUUGAACAAGGAGCUUGAAGUGGACAAUCAUAUGGUCACCAUGCAGAUCUGGGACACUGCAGGCCAGGAACGGUUCAGGAGCUUAAGGACCCCUUUUUACAGGGGAUCUGACUGUUGUCUGCUCACGUUUAGUGUAGAUGACUUGCAAAGCUUUCAGAACUUAAACAACUGGAAGAAAGAAUUCCUCUACUAUGCUGAUGUCAAAGACCCCGAUAGUUUCCCAUUUGUGGUUUUGGGAAACAAAGUUGAUAUUAGUGAACGUCAAGUGUCAAUGGAAGAAGCUCAGAUUUGGUGCAGAGACAAUGGGAACCAUCCAUAUUUUGAGACAAGUGCGAAAGAUGCCAUCAAUGUGGCAGCAGCAUUUGAAGAAGCUGUUAGAAAUGUUUUGGCUAUUGAAGAAAGAUCGGACCAGCUGAUCCACAAUGAUACAGUUAAUCUGCAUAGAAAACCUAAGUCCAGUUCAGCAUGCUGUUGACUUUUUUUUUCCCGCAGUAACCAACACACAACAGCUAUCGCACCCGAUGGAGCCUUUAUCACUCGAGGCCCGCUCACGAUGAAGCAGACCAGUUUACCACGCUGGAGUUUCAUUAAUAAUUCUAAUAAAACCACUUUAUGGAGAAGCCAUAGAUCUAAUAAGAGGUAUCACUUGUGGUGGGAGAAAAUGUAUCACACAUGCUGUGUAGAUUACUCCAAAUUAAUGUGUGUAAUAAUGUAACUAACAAGUUAUACUGUACUUGCCUGAGCAAAAAGAACCCCUCCUAAAGGUUAUGUCUUCUGUCCCUCUUUAUUUAUAUGCAGCUGUAAAAGUAGGAACGUCUUUCUACUAAACUGUAUUGGCUGUGUACCAUUUAGGUAACGCUUAGAUAUUCCCCUCUAUCUAUCUCAAUCUAUAUUGUUAUUUCUAUACUUAGUUGCUUGAACAUUCUUUAUCUUCUGCUUAUUCUAUUUCCAGCAGAAUCAUUUCACGAUCUGGUACUUUAACCUCAAGUUAUAGAUGUUAAUUCAAGGCUUAGUUGACCUCUUAUUUUAGGCGACCUACGAUUAAGGUACACUUCGGGAGGAUCUCCCGACAAAAGGCUGUGAUGUGCAUAUAGUGGGAUACAUUAUCAGUAGGCUCCCAUUGUAUCCCUUGAAUAGAAAAGUGUAACGCAUUACACUUUCCUAUGCUGUGAAAAAAAAAUGCCAAUAGGACACACUUUUGGCAUACACUAUGGUGCACAAGGACUUAUCACCUAUCGGAUCCUACGGCCUGUCUGUGAAGCAAGCAAUCCAUUCUGCAGGCACAAGGAUAUAUAAUGAGAUAUAGAUGGAUAGAUAUAGCUGUGUGCGAAAAAUUCUGAAAUCUAUUUAAUUUUUAAAAUAAAGUUUAACUCUUUGCUCUUUCUGGGCUUUGGACUCCGGCAGGUGGUUCUAGUCGGUGAUGGUUACCUUUCCCUAGAUGAACAUGUAUAUAAGGUUGCUGCCAGUCACUGAGUUAGGACCUCCCACUGGACUCAGGCCCAGAAUGAGCACAGAUAUAGAUCAAAAGAUUGCACUUUAUACUGAAUGAUUCUCCACACAGCUACAUAUCAGUCUGUUUAGCCCCUCCUGCCUGGAUUUUUUAAAGGUGAGAGAUUCCAUUGAAAGCUUCAGCUACACUGGGAAAACAACAAACUUUGCAUCACCGUAUUAACUCUUUAAUUUCUGGGCUCCAUAAGAAAGAAAGGGGAGUGCCUUGAAGGGGUGAAAAACAAUUGGUGCCAGAACGUUAAACAGAUUGGUUAAUUACUUCUAUUUAAAAAUCUUAACCCUUCCAGUACUUAUCAGCUGCUGUAUGCUCCACAGGAAGUUAUUUUCUUUUUGAAUUUCCUUUCUGUCUGACCACAGUGCUCUCUGCUGACACUCUGGGUCUCGGGAACUGUCAAGAGAAGGAGAAAAUCCGCAUAGCAAACAUAUCCUGCUCUUGACAGUUCCUGACAUGGACAGAGGUGUCAGCAUAGAGCACUGUGGUCAGACAGAAAAUAAAUUCAAAAAAGAAAGGAACUUCCUCUGGAGCAUACAGCAGCUGAUAAGUACUGGAAGGAUUAAGAUUUUUAAAUAGAAGUAAUUUGUAAAUCUGUUUUAAGUUCUGGCACCAGUUGAUGUUUUUCUCCAGUGUACCCCUUUAAGGACUCCCUGCUACCCGGAUCUAUCAUCUUUUAGUGAACUUAUUUUUAGGCACUUUUAGGUAGAUGCCAAUUCUCAAAGGAACAUCAGAAGUUGUGAAAGCUGAAAUCAUGAGUGCAAGUUCUGAUUUUAUUUUAUUUUUAUUUUUUUAACUAGUCUAAAGUUGAUUACAAAACAAUGGGAAAAAAAGGACUUUAACCCCCAUAGAUGGUCCGCCUAUGGGAACAUUUCCAUAGCAUAACCUGUCAUGGGUGGGGGUUGGUGUUUAUGGGAUUGACACAAAAACCUCCCUCUCUUGUUUAGGUAUAACAUUACUAAUACUAUGGACUUAUGAAUGUUAACCAGGAAGGCUGCAUAUAAAGGCAUGGGCCGAGGCCUUCAUCGGCGUGGUACUUUAUACACAUUGGGUUUUAAAUUGUUAAAAAACUCAUUUUGAUUAGCUUAAAAAUUAGAGCCCAUGAUGUGAUAAUCUGCAGGUUGAAUGUCAAUGUAGAGUGAGUAAAUCCAAGGGCUUGUUCAUGCCAGUGCCUGGUUUGGUUUUUCUUUGUAACCAAUUGCAUUACAUACUUCAUGGAAUUAUGAUGCAAACAAUGAGGUCAUUAAUGCAGUGGCUCACCUACCUUCUGUAGUAGCAUUAUUUGUUGAGGGUGACCUUAGCAGGGAUGUCAUUCCUAAAUGUAUGCUCACUGGUACAUAUACGCUGCAGCAGAUUUGCUGAAGACCUAUUAAAGUCAAUGGGUAACAACAUAAUCUGCUGUCUGAACUGUGCAGCAGAAAAUCUGCAGUGAAUUAUGUAGAUGUGAACAUGCUUAGCCAUUGUGAUCAUCUGUCUAAUAAAGACUUACUGGCAGAUUACCUGUGUUGGGAAAAGCCCUGUGUAUUAAAAAACUGAUAUAUGCAUUAUUUCUGAAUACACUGUCUUAACUACAGAAUAAAUAUGUAAACUUCUCUUACUAUAUAUUUUAAUUUUUUUU